UCCAAUAGCUAUAACUAGCACAGGCCAAGUUGAAGUGUUUUACUCUAGGGUGCUCUCCUCCUCCAUGAAGAAAAGAGUGGCUAUAAACUUUGUAGCAUUAUGGGUUGCAGCCAUCCUCUCCAUAGAACUUGCUUAACUGAGUGAGAGAGAGAGAGAGAGAGAGAGAGAGUUGGUGAGAUGGCUAUGAGCUUGCAAUUGCUGCUAGUGGUGGUGCUUUGCACCAUGGUAGUGGUUAGCAGAGGUGAUGAAGCGUUGGGAGCCUCUUUUGUAUUUGGGGACUCCCUUGUCGACUGCGGCAAUAAUAACUACCUUCCGACAUUGUCGAAGGCCGAUAUAAGGCCUAAUGGCAUCGACUUUGCAGCCUCCGGCGGGCAGCCCACCGGACGUUACACCAAUGGAAGGACUAUUGCUGACAUUGUUGGAGAGUUAUUAGGGCAGCAAAACUAUGCUCCACCGUUUUUAGCUCCAAAUACAACAGGAUCCGCCAUAUUGAAUGGAGUGAACUAUGCAUCUGGAGGUGGUGGAAUUAUGAACCAAACAGGGAAAAUAUUUGUUAAUAGGCUUGGAAUGGACAUUCAAAUUGAUUACUUCAACAUCACUCGACAACAACUCGAUCCAUUACUGGGCAAGGCAAAAGCAAAACAGUUCCUAGCAAAGAAGGCCAUCUUCUCGAUUACCGUAGGAUCGAAUGAUUUUCUUAACAAUUACCUCCUGCCUGUCCUCUCUGCAGGAGAAAGAUAUCUUCAGACACCAGAUGAAUUCAUUGAUGAUCUUAUCACCACCCUAAGAGGCCAACUUACAAGAUUAUACUCUCUUGAUGCUCGAAAAUUUGUAGUGGGGAAUGUUGGACCAAUAGGUUGCAUUCCUUAUCAGAAGACGAUCAAUCGAAUUAAACAGACAGAGUGUGUUAGCUUACCGAACCAAUUAGCAUUGCAAUACAAUGGCAGGUUAAGGGAUUUACUUGCUGAACUAAAUGAUAACCUCUCUGGAGCCAAAUUUGUCCUUGCAAAUGUGUAUGAUCUAGUUUUGGAACUCCUCACAAAUUAUGAAUCAUAUGGGUUCAAAACAGGAAGUGUUGCUUGUUGUGGCAAUGGAGGACAAUUUGCAGGUAUUGUUCCAUGUGGGCCAACCUCAAAUAUGUGUGAAGAACGUUCAAAGUAUGUGUUUUGGGAUCCAUAUCAUCCAAGUGAGGCAGCAAAUAUUAUACUUGCAAAGCAUCUUGUUGAUGGUGAUGAAAAGUACAUAUCUCCGAUGAAUCUUCGUCAGCUCUUAUCACUCUAGCAUGUUUUGUGGAAGUAUUACAUGUAACUGAUUGUGCUAGAGGCAUUUGGCAUUUCUUUUUGAAAAUCUGGAAUUUGUUAUUCUUGUAAUGUGAGAACCUUAAAGAUAUAUACUGUUAAACCAAGUUAAAAAAAGGAAUUUGGAGAGGAUGCUAAAAAAAUAAUAAUAAUAAUUUUU